AUGACGUCUGCUAUUCCCUACGAUCCCUACGACGACAUUGACAACAACCCGUUCUCAGAACCACAGCCCACGUCGGUGGCACCCGAAGCUGAGUCUGCUGUUGCAACCGAGGCACAAGACGUUCACGAAGGGCCCUUAACGCAGCCAUCAGAACAACCGGAUCUGCAGCCAUCUCAGGAAGGGCACGUAGCCAAUCAAAACUCAAACAGCACAACUACAGACCAAGCGGGCCCCCAAUCUGAGCAGGAUGACUCUCUGUUGCCAGAGCGCAAACUGAACAAGUACAAACUAGUUGUCAAAGUGACGGGGCUCGAGCGAGCGGGUUCCGUUACCAACAAGAAAGAGAACCCUACCAUAAUCUUUGAUGUCUCGACAAAUCUCCCCACGUUUCGGAAACCACAACAUCGCAAUCUUCGGAAAACCCUGGACGAGUUCCAAAACUUGUUCAAGUUUUUGAAUGGCGCCAUACCAGAGACGUUCAUCCCUGCCAUCCCACCUCCACGGACCAGUUACGGAAUCAGCAACCAGGAGGACUAUCAAAGGACCGUCAGUAACUUUCAAAUGUGGUUCGACCGUCUAUGCGCAGACCCACUGAUCCUGCGAAACGAGGAGAUAGCCUUCUUCAUGGAAAGUGAUCUCAACACGUAUACACCUGUAGGUAAAGUCAAGCUGCCGGCGGCUGGCCUCAAGCGGAAAACGCUCAAACAACUGGCACCACCCUACGACGAGUGCAUUGAGCUGGCCGAGUUCAGACCGUUGGUCAAAUCGAUCCACCAUCAAUGCCAAGAAAUACAACUCAAAUUGUUCAAGCUGUGCAAGCUCAAGAAAACGCUCUCGGCGGAUGAAAACGGCGUGGGUAAGGGCUUCGCAGAGAUUCCUAUAGAUGUCGCGCAGAAACAUGGCAAAAUGUACAAACGCUUCGGAAAGACGCUCACGGCAGUCGGCGACAUCGACAGCGUGAUAGCCACUCUAGACAUGGCCACACUUCACGACGGUCUCGAAUGGAUAGUGCAAGACACCUACGUGGUCAAGGAGGCCAUGACCAAUCGGCACUUUCUCAUGCGCGACUUGCUGCAGGCGCAGCAAAACUCGAAAUUCAGACAAGAACAAGCGCGCAAACUACGUGCCAAGCGCGACGUGAGCCCUCUCAAGGUUGACGAGGCCAUACGCCAACUCAAGUACGCGACCACCGUCGAACACGAGCUCACCAUGAAGCUCAAACGCACGACGGCCAAUAUGCUGCUGGAGAAGCAGCGUUGGCUCGAUUGGUAUUCCGCCUUUCUGUCCACCAGCGUGAAAGAGUACACAUUACGAAAGAUCGAAUACGAACGCAAGAAACUGUCGCUGUUGGAACGCAUCCGCGCAGACGUGCGCUCAGCGGACGAGAACGGCGGACUGUCGAGGCUGGGACGCAGCCGCUCCACCACGAGCUCCGAUCUACACCCCUCGCAAACCGCUCACGGAGACAGCUGGGCUGGCGAUGCUCGCCGUCGCAGCCAAGCGUUCGAGUCCGACGUGCUGCACACAGAAUUCGAUGACGCGCUGUGCCGGGACGAAGCACCUGCUUCCACGCUGAACCCCGAAGACCAGCACGCGCUCGACGCGCGCAAUGCAGCCACGUUGCUGGGCCAGUCUACUUUCUAA